AUGGGGGGUCAGGUGUCAACCGAGGGUGUCCACGUGGUGGUGGUGGGCGGAGGAUUUGGUGGAAUCGCUGCAGCUCAAGACCUGAAGUAUCGAGGAUUCAGCUUCACUCUGAUCGACAUGAGAGACGCUUUCCAUCACAACCUGGGCGCUCUGCGAGCCGCCGUACAGCCAGGCUUUGCUCAGAAGACCUUCAUCCCGUACGCCGAGACGUUUGGCGAGAGCUUCGUUCAGGGUCGGGUGGAGCUCGUCGACACAGACAGGCAGCUGGUGAUCCUGGAGGGAGGGAGGGAGGUCCAGUACUCCCACCUCAUCCUGUGCACCGGCACCGACGGGCCGUUCCCCGGGAAGUUCAACACGGUGGCGUCGCAUAAGGAGGCGGUCCAGAAGUACGAGGACUUCAUCAGAGAGGUUCGAUCCAGGUUUUACUGCUGUUUGUUUAGAAGUUAUUGUUAUUGAACCUUUUUUGGUUGAAUUUCAAAUCUUCAUAUUUAAUAAUUUAAUACAUUUUAGUUUGAACUUCACCAGCAGAAAAA